UUUUAAAUGUCAAAUAAUUUAGCAAAUGGUGUUGGUGUUGGCGUUCUUUGCUGUUCUUUGCUGAACGUUUUUACUAAUUUCUAUCUAAAUGUGAAAAGAUGGUGACAAUUAAUGUACGCUGUACCAAUUAGGUUUUAUUGUUCAAGAGUUGUUUGCAUUUACAACGUUUAUCAGGUUGAUUCUUUGGAUGUAAACUUCAGCCUCUGCCAAGAUUUCUUUCCAAAAAAUGCAGGGGGACGACCCUCCAUUCUUGCCAGUUGGUACUGAUGUCAGUGCCAAGUACAAGGGUGCCUUUUGUGAGGCCAAGGUUAAAAAAGUGGUUCGGAAUAUCAAAUGUAAGGUUUCAUUAAAAGCAGGGGGUGGAAGCCUUACAGUGAAUGAUGACGUCAUCAAAGGCACCCUGAGGGUCGGCAGCACAGUGGAGGUGAAACAGGACCCCAAAAAGGACGCAAUGGAAGCCGUCAUCACUAAAAUACAAGACUGCAGCCAGUAUACUGUUGUUUUUGAUGACGGCGAUAUAACGACGUUACGGCGGUCUGCGUUAUGCCUGAAGAGUGGUCGGCACUUCAACGAGAGUGAAACUCUGGAUCAGUUGCCUCUCACUCAUCCAGAGCAUUUCUCCACGCCUGUCAUAGCUGGCCGGCGUGGACGGAGAGGCAGAGCACAGUCGGACGAAAGCGAGGGCGAAGGCCCGACGCGGCGCGUGAAGGCCGACAGCGCCGAGCGGGAGCCGCACGUGGGCCGCGUAGUACUAGUAGAGGCGGCGGGCGGGGCGGAGCGCCGGCGCCCGCACCAGCCGGCCUUUCCUGCGCUCGUUGUAGCGCCCACUGCGCAGAUCAAGGUCAAGGAGGACUACCUGGUGCGCUCCUUCAAGGACGGCCGAUACUACACGGUGCCCAAGAAGGAGGCGCGCGAGUUCCGCAAAGGCAGCGCGCCGCUGGAGUGGGCGGGCGUGGAGGCGGCGCUGCAGUACCUCAACAACGGCGUGCUGCCGCCGCACUGGGACCGCGACACGCUGUUCAACGAGCCCCGGAACACCUCCGAUGACAGUUCUGACGACGAGCCCCGCGAAGAGAAGGACCACUUCGUGGCGCAACUAUACAAGUUCAUGGACGACCGCGGCACGCCGCUCAACAGGAACCCCACGAUAGCCAACAGGGACAUCGAUCUGUAUAGAUUGUUCAGGGUUGUGCAAAAGCUUGGAGGAUACAACAGAGUGACAAAUCAGAAUCAGUGGAAGACGAUAGCUGAUAAGAUGGGCUUCCAUCCAGUCACAACAAGUAUCACCAAUCUUUGCAAGCAGGCUUAUAAAAAGUUCCUGCACAGCUUCGAAGACUUCUACCGCAAGCUGGGCGUGACGCUCGUGGCGCACCCGCGAGGCGCGCGCACGCCGCCCGCCGGCCGCUCGCUCAUCCGCGACCGCGACAAGCAGCCGCCCUCCUCGUCCGCAUGCUCCACGCCUACCGGCACGCCCACACUACAACGUGGAAAAGAUAAAGACUCAGAUAAGAGCGAAACAGAGAAGAGUGACAAAAGUGAAAAGGAAGAUAAAGUAGACAAGGUAGAAAAAGAAAAAGUGCCGAAAGAGAAACCACGCAUCAGUGAUAACGAGGAUAGCGCCGAUAACCAGCCACUUGUGACGACUACACCUAAGGUCGAAAAAGAAAAGGAAAAAGAGAGAGAAAAAGAAAAGGAGAAAGAAAAAGAGAGAGAAAAGGAAAAGGAGAGAGAAAGAGAGCGUGAGAAAGAGAAGGAAAAGGAAAAAGAGAAAGAAAAAGAAAAGGAGAAAGAGAAAGAAAAAGAAAAGGAGAGAGAGAAAGACAAGGGUUCCACCACCAGCGAAGAGAAAGCUCCCGUGGUCAAAUCGCGCUCUCAGUCGAAGACACGCAGCAUGCUGCCUGUCAAGCUUGACUCGCACGAUAAGAGGACGCCCAAGCGAAGGCCUCUGUCUUCUAAAAGCGAGAGUACAGGCGCGGCCAUAUCGCGGGCGUCGCGUCGACCACACGUCUCCACAGACAGCGACAGCUCGGGACGAGCCUCAAGAUGCGGGCCAACAAAGAUGAAGAUGCAAAGCCGCCGCAGCCAGAGUGCUAACUCGGCCAGCAGUGGAAACACCAUCGCGUCUAACAGUAGCAAGCGCCCGCGCAAGAGGAAGAACACUGAGCCGUCGUCUAAUGAGCCGACUCGUUCUGGUGGAACCAAUGUGAAAGCACAAGUGGGAGACAAACUAAAAGUAUACUAUGGACCGACGCAGUCUGAAUCUAAGUCGCAACUUCAUCAAAAGGUGACGUACGAGGCGAAGGUGAUCGAGGUGUCGCCGGAGGGCAUGCUGCGAGUGCACUAUACCGGCUGGAACACGCGCUACGACGAGUGGAUCAAGCCGCAGCGCAUCGCGCUAAACGUCACGCAGCACGAGGCGCGGAAUAAGAAGAAUACCAGUAUUAGCAGGCGCGUGAGAUCAAAAAGAACUGAAGAAUCUUCAGCACGAUCCGACACUGACAGUGACUCGGAUAGUGACGCAAGCGUUAAAAGGCCGCCUAAAAAAUCUUCGGAUGACAAAGGUGGUUCAAAAACUCCAUCCCGAUCUAAAGAUGCAAAAUCGAGUGACAGCAGUAGUUCAAGUAAACCCCGCAAGAGGCCUGUGAGGACAAUAUCAACUCCUACCUCGGUUUCGCCAGCGAAGAAACCUCGGCCAUCGACUAGCCACCAGGGUCGGGACUAUGAUCUAAACGAAAUAAGAUCAGAGUUAAAAGGCUUGCACUCGGUCAAGCAGGAACCUGAAGAACUGAAGCCAGAACAGUCCGACAAAGACCCGCUCGUCCCAGCUCAAGCAGCCGGUCCCUCCGCCGAACCCCCGCAGCCUGAGAAGCAACCGGAAGACGUUUAUGAAUUCAAAGAGCCCGAACCGUUCGAACUGGAAUUGCACGAUGAGAAAAAGAAACGCACACAUCGCAUAUUUGACGACAUUUCUCCCAGCAAAUACACUUCAACGUUAUCUAAAUCGCUCAGCGAGGAGAUAUCCGAGGACCCCAUGAGGCCGCGGCCGUCGUCGCUGCGGUCGCCGUCUUUGUCGCCGUUCAGGGACUUUGGCGCCACGCGGGACGCGCCGGGCAGACAAAGUCCCGAGGAUGACUCCAAAGACGGCCUAUUCUCUCUUGACGACGAUUCGUUCCCCGGCGACGGUAGCUCGGGUCCUAUCUUCGAAGGAUUCACGCCAGCCAAAAACCAGGAAACGUAUUCCAAAAAGAGCAAAGUGUCAAAACUGAGGGAACUCAUAGACGAUUCUCCUGAUAGUCCAGCAGAUGACGAGCAAUCUUCUGAAGACGAAUCCGAAGAUAUCACGAUGAAGGAGGAAGAUGAAGAAGAUGAUCGUGAGCCGAGCCCCAUUGCGCCUGAAAUGGAGCCUCCUAAGACACCGGAGCCAGAAGUGCAAGAAGAAAUCAAAGAACCAGAGCCCGAACCGAUAAAGCCAGAAGUGAAAGAAGUUACUCCUGAGCCUGAAGAUGAGGUUAAGGAAGACAAAUUGCCAGAACCACAAAAAACACCGCCAAUGAAAAAACUGGAACUUCCCAGCAUAAAUAUCAUACCCAUUUCAAAUGUAGACAGCAAUCCUUCAACGGAACCUAAAGUUAUUAAAGUUGACAAAGAGGAACCUAAAAAAGAAGAUCCAAUAAAACUUCUUUCAAUACCACUACCGCAAUCUGAGCCUCCAAAAGACAGCAUCAGUCCCAAAUUGAAGAUUGAAAAAAAACUAGAUCCAGAACCAACUGUGGGUCCCUCGAAACUGGAGCCUCCUUCCAGCCCCCUCAUAGACACGGAGGAGGACAAAUCCGAGCCCGAUAGUCCUGCCCGUAUCGACGUCUUACCUGAACCGCCACCCGCAUUCCUGUUGCAAUCUGAAGGCCCUAAGAUCGCCGAGAAACUCCUCAAGGCGAUCAAUAGCGCUAAAAGGUUGUCCAUGUCGCCGCCACCGGUUGAGGACCGCCCGCUCACGCCGAAGGACGUGUUAAAACUGUCGAAGCCUGAGGGCAAACUAUCGCCCGUCGCGCCCGAACUUAAGACUGCUGCGAACAAGCCGCCAGAACCGCUGAAGCCCUUGGCUAGGGUCGACCCUCUUAAGAAGUUCGGUGCGACGGAGUUACCCGAUCCCGUGUUCGGCGAGCCGUCGAACAUGACCGACGCGAAGCGAGACUUGGCGGACGUGAAGAAGGUGAAGCCGAAGGAGCCGACGCCUCCGCGGCUUCAGAGCCCGCUGAAUUUACUCGAGCGUCGGAAGAGCGUCUGCGUCGACCCGCCCCAGGCCAAGACCAGCAAAGUGCUGAGUGACACGAUACAGAAGUUGUCGAGCCAGAUCAACCAGUCGGCGGCGACGGUCGCAGCCACCAUCCCGCUGCCGCCGUUCCCGGCUGAAGACAGGAGCGAGUCGAGUGAUUCUGACGAUUCGGAUAGGAGCUUUUUCAGGUUAAUAAUUGACAAGCUAUCGGUAGAGGAGUGGGGAAGCGGGGGUAGCUCGGAGGCCUCCCGCGGGAAUACCGGCGGGACGGCGGCGGCGAGCGUCAUUCCGGCGCCGCCGCCUGCGCUCGCGGCGGUGGCGCGCACAGCGCUGCACGCCGGUAAAUCGCCGGGCGAGUGGAGCGCCGGCGAGUCACUGCUCAUGCUCGAAGACGCCUGCAAGAACGAACGCAAGCACAUGAUUCGCGCACCCGCAGGCGCGAACGUGGUGGUGGCGGGCAGCGGGCGCGCGGCGCCGGGCCCCAGCGCCGCGCCCGAGGACGACAGCAACCUGUCGCUGCUGCUGUGCGAGGAGACCAUCCCCGGCUCGCCCGCGCCCGACAGCGAGCCCGCGCCGCCGCGCCAGCGCCUCCACAUGCCCUUCGCGUGCGCGCCGCCGCACCACUCGCACUCCAAGGAAGAGAGGCGUGCGGAAGGCGCGGCGGGCUUAGGCGCGGGCGCGGGCGCGGCGGCGGGCGCGGACGCGGGCGCGGCGGAGGGCGCGGGCUGGGCGCGGCGCCACGCGCUCGUCGACAACACGCCGCCCACCACGCCCGACAGCAGCCUCGAUAUGUCGCCACACAGAGAACGUCGUAUGUCAGAGCGUGAUAGCCCCUCGGAGCGUAAGGAAGAUGAAGAUGAAGGAAGGCCCAAUGAUAUUUCCCUUGAUAUAGAUAAACCACACGGCGUGCGCUCGCGCAAGGCGUCUGAGAGCUCGCUAGGCGCGGGCGCCGGCGCCGCGACGGGCCGCACGCGCGCGCGCCGCUCCCGCCGCGACACCGACGACCACGCGCCCGGCUCCCACCACACGCCGCUCAAGUACAACUUCUACGUGGACCUGGAUCCUUCGUGGGACUGCCCGACGCGCAUCAACGUACUGACGUCACGGCUGGCGGACCUGCGCAAAGCAUACCAUUCCGUCAAGGCCGAGCUCGCGGCCAUCGACCGCCGCCGCAAGAAGCUGCGACGCAAGGAGAGAGAAGCUGUAAAGGCAGCAAAGGCUGCGUGCUCAUGAUGAAGGCUGUAUUAAGCCCACUAACAAGACAUGCUGGAUCUCAGGAGCGUUACUUCAGUCGUUUAUUCGUUUUAGAAUAAAUAGACGGUCCGCACAAAUACAAAGUGUAAGGAAAAGGUUACCAAAACAAGAAAAGUGAAUACAGACCAUUAUAAACUAACUUUAUCGAAUUUAAUAUCUCGAGAUCAUUUUUAUUCUCUUUCAAUGUAUGUAUAAUGAUACUGUAUUCGCAGUGCCUAAAUGGAUUAGAUUGCGUAAUUUAUCAGAUUGUAAUUACUUAUUAGUGUAUUGUGUUCC